GACUCUACAUGCUGUAGAAAGGCAGGAAGGACCCAUAAAGAUGCCUCCGAAAGGGAAAGGCGGCGGCAAAGCGGCAAAAGGAGGAGCAUCUUCUGGCAGUGACACAGCGGACAAGAAAGCUCAGGGGCCAAAAGGAGGAGGCAGUUCCGUGAAGGUGAGGCAUAUUCUUUGUGAGAAACACAGCAGAGCUCUGGAAGCCUUGGAGAAAAUCAAAGCUGGAGUACGUUUCAGUGAGGUCGCUGCGCAGUAUAGUGAAGAUAAAGCCAGGCAAGGGGUAAGUUCUUUUUUUUCUCCAAACUAA